AGGCUUUUCAGGAUUGAGCCCGCGCCUCUGAGAUUCAUUGCGGUGGGGUGCUGAGGCGUUAGCUUGUGGCUAAUUCAGUUUAAAUAACUGCUGCUUUAGUGUAGUGUUUUGACCGUGACUGAUAUUUUUUAUUUAAAUAUACAUAAAAUAAAUAAUAAUAAAAAAAUGCCUUUUCAGUAUCCAAACGCAUAUCGAGAUGAAGCUGUGGUGGACAGUUACCAUGGACACAAGGUUCCUGACCCGUACAGCUGGCUGGAGGAUCCAGACAGCGAGAAAACGCAGGCGUUUGUGAACGCGCAGAACCAGCUGACGUUACCCUUCCUGGAGGAGUGUCAAGUCAGAGAGGUUUUUAAAGAGCGCAUGACUGAGCUCUACGAUUACCCGAAAUACAGCUGCCCCUUCAAACGGGGUAACAGGUAUUUUCACUUUUAUAAUUCGGGCUUACAGAACCAAAGCGUUCUCUAUAUACAGGAGAACCUCGAGACGGAACCCAGGGUGUUCUUAGAUCCGAACACAUUCUCAGAUGACGGAACUGUAGCAUUACAAGGUUACGCGUUCUCGGAGGACGGCGAGCACCUGGCGUACGGUGUGAGUGCGAGCGGCUCUGACUGGGUGGAGAUCCGGUUCCUGCGCGUCGACAGAGCCGUAGCUCUGGAGGACCGACUCGAGAGGGUCAAGUUCAGCUGCAUGGCCUGGACUCAUGACGGAAAAGGACUCUUCUACAACUCGUAUCCAGAGCAGGAGGGAAAGAGUGACGGGACGGAGACGUCCACCAACCUGAACCAGAAGCUGUACUAUCACGUCUUGGGGACUCCGCAGUCCCGGGAUACUCUGUGUGCUGAGUUUCCUGACCAGCCCAAGUGGAUGAGUGGAGCUGAGGUUUCUGAUGAUGGCUGCUACGUGCUGCUCUCCAUCAGAGAAGGGUGUGACCCGGUGAACCGGCUGUGGUACUGCGACCUCAACACCGUCUCGGGCAACAUCACAGGGUUGUUGCCGUGGGUGAAGCUGAUCGACAACUUUGACGCCGAGUACGAGUACGUGACGAAUGAGGGAACCGUGUUUACUUUCAAAACGAACCUGGACGCGCCGCGCUACCGUCUCAUCAACGUGGACUUCGCUCAUCCAGCACCCAGUCAGUGGAAGGAGCUCAUCCCACAGCACGACAAGGACGUCCUCGUGUUUGCUGCGUGCACAUACUCCAGCUUCUUGUGUGUGUGUUACCUCCAUGACGUGAAGAACGUGCUGAAGAUGUACCAGCUGGCGUCAGGGGAGGAGGUGAAGACCUUCCCGCUUGAGGUGGGCUCCAUCAUGGGCUUCACUGGCCGAAAGAAGGACUCUGAGAUCUUCUACUACUUCACCUCCUUCCUCGCUCCAGCCAUCAUCUACCACUGUGACCUCACCAAAACUCCUCUACAGCCGCACGUCUUCAGGGAGGUCCAAGUGAAGGGCUUCGACCCGACAGAGUACCAGACCACACAGGUGUUCUAUCCCAGUACAGACGGCACACAGAUCCCCAUGUUCAUCGUGCACAAGAAGGGCCUCCAGCUGGACUCCUCCCACCCGGCCUUCCUCUAUGGCUACGGAGGAUUCAAUAUCUCCAUCACGCCCAGUUACAGUGUUUCCAGGCUCAUCUUUGUGAGGCAUCUGGGAGGAGUUUUAGCCGUGGCCAACAUCAGAGGAGGAGGGGAGUAUGGGGAAACGUGGCACAAAGCGGGGAUGUUGGAGAACAAGCAGAAUUGUUUCACUGAUUUUCAGUGUGCAGCGGAGUAUCUGAUAAAGGAGGGCUACACCUCCGCAAGCAAACUCACCAUCAAUGGAGGCUCCAACGGGGGCCUGCUAGUGGGGGCAUGUGUGAAUCAGAGGCCGGACCUGUUCGGCUGUGCAGUAGCUCAGGUUGGCGUGAUGGACAUGCUCAAGUUUCAUAAGUUCACCAUCGGCCACGCCUGGACCACCGACUUCGGCUGUUCUGAGAUUGAGGAGCAGUUUAACUGGCUCAUCAAGUACUCCCCUCUACACAACAUCCAGGUCCCCGAGGGCGACAGCGUGCAGUACCCCGCCGUGCUGCUGUUGACUGGGGACCAUGAUGACCGUGUGGUGCCUCUGCACUCUCUGAAAUACAUCGCCACCCUGCAGCACGUGAUUGGUCGCUGGUCCGGCCAAUCAAAUCCUCUCUUUAUCUAUGUGGACACAAAGUCGGGCCACGGGGCGGGAAAGCCCACCAGCAAGGUGAUCCAGGAAGUGGCAGAUACCUACGCCUUCAUCGCCCGCUGCCUGGACCUCCACUGGAUCAAUUAACACCACACACACACACACACACUUCAUUUAGCUGCUGAUUCCCUGGUUUUCUCUUCCCCCUAUCCCUCACUCUCUCCUUUUCUCCUGCAUUCCUUCAGCGAUCCCGUCUUCUCUUUAUCUUCUUCCUUCCCUGUCUUUCUCGUCACUUCUCUCAUCCUUCAUCUCUUAUUCUGGCUCCCCUUCUUUUUCACUCUUUCUUUCUCUUGUUCUCUCUCCUGCUAUCUUCUUUGUUUCCUGCUGUCUUUCCCUCUUUCUUUAUCAUCUCCUUCCUCACACAUCACUCAGUGUGUGUAAUGGUUUUUAUAUUAUUCACAUUUCUCUCGUGUUUUUCCGGGACGUCCCGUCGAUGCCCGUAGCCUGUAAAACACUUUGUACAAACUCUUUUUAUUUAUUAGCAGGUUCAAUACUCCUCAGUAAUUCUUUCACUAACGAUUAACUGCACAGUAUAGAGGAGUGUGAGAGUGUGUGUGUGUGUGUGUGUGUGAGAGAGAGAGAGAGAGAGAGACGGUGAGUGUAUUAAGGUGUCAUACGUAUGUAUACAGUAUAUAUUCAGUGGCUGCUUCUACCUCCAAACUUAUGCAGAUUGAUUGUUUUUAUCUUUUAAAGGGAAUAAAUGUUCGCGUAAUGUGGAGAAAAAGAACUGGUGUAAUAAAAAGGAUGGCGUUUGGAACGACUGCGCUUUUAUUUAUUUGUUUAUUAAUUAAAGCUGGACGGUCUUUUGAUUUUCGUAAAAUCAGUGGAAUUUAGUUCUGUCUGAAAUGUGGUCAUUGUUUAUUUCUGUAAGAUCUCACAAAAUAUCAGGCCAUUCUGUGGCUGGGAAGUUAUUUAAUUCGAAGGGAUUAAAGCAAAUAACGUGCAUGAAAUCGCUCGCUUCGCACAGUCAAGCAGACAGAGGAAGUCCGUGUCCUCACUCUUCUUCAAAGGGCUGUUCGAGGGUUAAGACUUAGUUUAGAAUGAGGUUCAGGUUCGGGUGGGGUGUUUAGUUGUGGUGGUUAAGGUUAGAGUAAGGGACUCGGGGACUGUAUUAUGUCAGCGAGUCCCCACAACGUCAGAAUUACAUGAAUGUGUGUAAAAUAUAGCAGUCAACAAGUCUGUGUGUAUAUUUUCCCCCUCUUUAGCACAGUCGUCCUUUUCCCCCCUCUGCUGUCUGAAACUCGUCUCUUAUUUAUUCUGAAAAUCCAGAUAAGUAAACACUAAACCGAGCCGGCCUUUCGAUUUCAUAAAAUCUGUGAAAUUUAGUUCGCUCUGAAAUGUAGUCAUUGUGAUUUGUUCUGUAAUAUCUCACAAAAUAUCAGGCCAUUCUGUUCUGUGGCUGGGAAGUUAUUUAAUUUGAGGGGAUUAAAGCAAAUGUGCAUGUGCAGGUUUACCUUUGAGCGUGCGCUGACAGUUCCAUCAUUCUGUCGCUAAACAAACAGCUGAUCACGCCGAGGUGCUCGCUGCAUGCCGAUAUUUAUUAGUUUGAUCCUGCGUUUCCUUUCCUUCGUAUAGAACAUAACGUCUUUUCUUCUUGCUUUCUGUUACUGUAGUCGGUCUUUCACAUUUCAUUCCUCCAUUUUUCUCUCCUGUUUCAAAUUUGUAUC